AGAUUAACUACAAUAGAUCAUGACUAUGAUGACAAACUGAACUUUGACAUGGAGUUGCUUGUAACUAAGUCUGAACUGACAGAAGUAGUAAAUACUGAGCGUAUUGGAACUGUUGCGGUUGAGGUGACACACUCGGCAUUGCAUAGAUACAAACGAUGCUACUCGCAUGCUGAUCCGCACGUGCGAACCGCGGACGGAAGGUAUUUCGGGCAACAAUUGGUCGGUGAUCACAUGUUUUAUAGAAACAAAGAAUAUCAGACAGAGGUUCAUGAGUAUGCCAGAUACUGUAAUAAUAAUGGCGGAGCAGUGUGUGCUUGUGGUGUAGCCAUCAGGUCAGGGGCCGAUGUCUUUGUAAUUAACAGAUGUGGCAACUACACGAUAUUAGACUUUUUACAGUGUAAUGAUGGAGGAAUAAUUGAUGUUCAGCGGAUCCAUGAUUAUCGUUACAAGGUAAUAACACCAAUAGGAACUGUGAUCAUUGUAAAAUCUUCACUCCUGGGGACGGACGAUGGAUAUUGAUAUUUACUUAUCUGCCAAAGAUUUUCACAACACUGACGGACUCUGUGGAUAUUUUGAUGGAGAUAGAAAUAAUGACUUUUAGGCACAGAAAUGGCUCCCAAUCGUCCCCAUCACAUGACUAUUAAAAUGGUUAUACUGA